GAAUCAAAGUCAUCACUCGUAAAACUAGUCCUACAAGGCAUAUAUUAUAUACUUGUACUUGUAAGUUGUAGCUAGCUUUGCUUAGCUACAUAGUUUUUAAGUGUAUAAUGGCAUUGAGAAAGGGACUUUCACUCUGGUUCGGGUUUUUCUCUUUUGCAUUGAUCUUGUUUUGGGGCACUAGUGUCCAAGGCCAAGGGAGCCCUAAUUACAGAGAAGCCCUUGCAAAGUCCAUUUUGUUCUUCCAAGGGCAGAGAUCAGGGAGGCUCCCUAGAGGCCAAGAAAUCACUUGGAGGUCUAAUUCCGGGAUUUCUGAUGGCUUUUUAGCUCAUGUUGAUUUAAGUGGAGGAUACUAUGACGCUGGAGAUAAUGUAAAAUUCAACUUUCCUAUGGCGUUUACCACCACUAUGUUGUCAUGGGGCACACUUGAGUAUGGCAAGAAGAUGGGCUCAGAGUUGGGCAAUGCAAGAGCCGCUAUCCGGUGGGCUACGGAUUACCUUUUAAAGUGUGCCACAGCCACGCCAGGCAAGCUAUACGUAGGCGUUGGUGACCCAAAUGUGGAUCACAAGUGUUGGGAAAGGCCAGAGGACAUGGACACAGUCCGGUCUGUUUACUCGGUCUCACCAAGCAAUCCGGGCUCAGACGUUGCUGGGGAGACAGCUGCUGCACUGGCUGCUGCCUCCAUGGUUUUUCGGAAGGUUGAUCCGAAAUACUCAAGAUUGCUAUUGAGGACUGCCCAAAAUGUGAUGGAAUUUGCAAUGCAAUAUAGAGGUGCCUAUAGUGACUCACUUGGCUCUGCAGUUUGCCCAUUUUAUUGCUCAUAUUCUGGAUAUAAGGAUGAAUUGUUGUGGGGAGCUACAUGGCUUUUGAGAGCGACAAAUGACAUUUCUUAUUUGAAUUUCAUAAAUUCUUUGGGAGCCAAUGAUGCAACAGACACUUUUAGUUGGGACAAUAAAUAUGCCGGUGCUCGCGUGCUCCUCUCAAGGAAAACCUUGGUGGACAAUGACAAGGCUUUUGAACCAUUCAGGCAACAAGCUGAAGAUUUCAUUUGUCGUAUUUUACCAAAUUCUCCUUCUACAAGUACACAAUAUACACAAGGAGGGCUGAUGUACAAGCUAAGUGAAAGCAAUCUGCAAUAUGUAACAUCCAUAAGCUUCUUGCUUACAACAUAUGGGAAAUACAUGGCAGCCUCACGGCACACCUUUAAUUGUGGUAACCUAUUUGUCACCUCUAGAACCCUACGAAGCCUUGCAAAGCAACAGGUGGACUACAUUUUAGGGGUGAACCCUUUGAAAAUGUCAUACAUGGUGGGAUUUGGGGCAAAUUAUCCGAAGAGAAUUCACCACAGAGGAUCCUCAGUGCCCUCAUUGGCAGCCCACCCCCAGUCAUUUGGUUGCGAUGGUGGUUUUCAACCCUUUUUCUACACUGCAAACCCUAACCCUAAUCUCUUAACCGGAGCCAUCGUUGGAGGUCCAAACCAAAAUGAUGGCUACUCAGAUGAUCGGACAGACUAUAGUCAUUCAGAGCCAGCAACAUACAUCAAUGCUGCUAUAGUUGGACCAUUGGCAUCCUUAGCAGGAAGCAACACCAUUUAAAAUGGGAAGCUCACAUUUUAGCUACUAAUUGUGAAUAUUUCUCUAUGUUUGUUUAUGUUUAUCCCCCCAGAAUGGGUGUAUAACGACACCAAAAAGGAGGUGGAUUGUUUGAUGUUCAAAUUCUAUGCGACUUGAUUUAGUUCCCAAAAAAAAGAAAAGAAAAAGGAAAGAGUUCUGUGUGGCUUCAUGGAUCUAGCCCACCAUUAAAUUUCUCA